AGAGGAGGCUCCCAGCAGAGCGGAGAGCGGAGCAGCGGCAGCAGCUCCACACACUCCGGCAUCCAGUCCAGUCAGCAGUCUGUAGCCGCGCUGGUGGAGCGAAACUAGCAGCCCCUCGUCUGUGUCAAAGACGAAAUUCACACAGAAAACCCCAGGCUGAAGUCAUCGAGAGGAGCGCUCGUUGUGCGUAGUUGUUUUUUUGCUUUUUUGUUUUUUGUUUUUGUUUUUAUUAUUUUUUACGCGGAGCUCUCGGUGCUUCAGGAAAAGUGUUUAUCCCAAGGACGUUCACUACUACAAGCUUAAAAAACCGGGAGAAGACGCGAUGAACGCGAUCGGAGAUUUUCCUUUCCUGCUUGUUCUGGUGGCGGUGGUGACGGACAUGGGCGACAACGCCUCAGCCACUGAAGAUCAUAUAUCGAUCACACAAAGGGCGACUCCAGAGAACGGGGCAAACCUGUACCCCUCGACCCAGGACACAGACAGGAGACUCCCUGUCGUCACCACCGCCCCGCCUAUCAAUGUCCCCAAUCACCACUCGCUCUACCGGAACCCCCCACAACACCAGGCCCCGUUUGGCCCUCACGGUCAGCCGGACUACUUUGAAGAUAGCGGAGGAUCCAGUUCCCUGCCCAACUUCUACAACCCGCCUUUUGGGAAUCAACCAGAUAAUGGUGAUAAAAGGGUUUCAAACGGGAGGACUGAAAGCACCAGCAGGCAAACCACCAUUACCACACACACAUUAGCAGCCACUUCUCACUUCAACACCCCUGUUCCGGUCGUCGGCACAGCUUUAAAAGAUCGACAGCGUUCUACUUUCACCCCCUCCACACAUGUGGCUAUAUGGGAGAAAGAAGGGAGGCCAGGCAGAGAUGAAGAGGAGACAACCACCACCACCACCACCACAACCAUGGCAACAACCAUGCAGAGUCCAGUUCCCUGUCACCUGAACCUGACUGGCCCAGAAGGAUACGUAGAGGCUCCACCACAGUCCACGUCUGCUUUCCACUCCGCUGUGGACUGCAGCUACAUCAUUUUAGUCUACAUGGGAUAUGGAGUGGAGGUCCAGGUGAUGAAUGUGAAUCUGUCUGAGGGAGACAAGGUUGUGUUCGAGGACGUGGGCCACGGCGAGAACACAAUGCUGGCAAACGAGUCCAUUCUGAUGAAGGGGUUGGUGGUACGAAGCCACAGCAAUCAGCUCUCUAUCCGCUUCCACAGCCAGAGGUCUCAGACUGGUGCAGUCUUGCUGAGAUAUCAAGCCUUCGUGUUGAGCUGCGUCUUCCCCCAGCGGCCCCUCUACGGCGAUGUGACCGUGAGCAGCCUCCACUCCGGAGGCGAGGCUUUCUUCUCCUGCUUGACGGGCUACCAGCUGCACGGCCCCGGCUUGCUGACCUGCCGCAAUGCCAGCACCCCCUACUGGAGUGGCAAGGAACCGCGCUGCCAAGCUGCUUGUGGGGGUCUGAUGAAGAAUGUCACAGUGGGCCGCAUCAUCUCCCCCGGUUUUCCCAGCAACUACAGCAACAACCUGACCUGCCACUGGCUGCUGGAGGCCCCUGAGGGACAGAGGCUGCACGUCCACUUUGAGAAGGUGGCGCUGGCGGAGGACGACGAUCGGUUGUUGAUCAGGAAUGGAAACAGCAUAGAUGCAGCGGUCCUGUAUGAUUCAUACGAGGUGGAAUAUUUGCCUAACGAAGGUCUCCUCAGCACGUCCAGGCAUCUCUUCAUUGAACUGAUUACAGAUGCUACCGGCACAUCCACUGGCAUCGCCAUCAGGUACCAAGCCUUUGCUGCAGGCCACUGCUAUGAACCCUUUGUGAAGUACGGAAACCUGACAAGCAGCGACAGCACUUGGGCAGUGGGAGCCGUGGUGGAGUUCGCCUGUGAUCCUGGCUAUACCCUGGAACAGGGGUCCGUCACCAUUGAAUGCAUGGACCCCAAGAACCCACAGUGGAAUGAGACUGAGCCUGCAUGUAGAGCUGUGUGCAGUGGCGAGAUCACAGACUCAGCCGGAGUGGUGCUCUCUCCAAACUGGCCUGAAGCCUACGAUAAAGGCCAGGACUGCAUCUGGGGAAUCCACGUCGAGGAGGACAAGAGGAUCAUGCUGGACAUUCAAGUGUUGAACAUCGGGAUAAAUGACCUCUUGACCUUUUAUGAUGGGGAUGACCUCACAGCCAAGGCACUGGGUCAGUACGGAGGAUCAAAGUCUCACUUUAAGCUCUACACCUCCAGCGCAGAUGUCACCAUCCAGUUCCAGUCUGACCCUGCCACAAAUGUCUACGGCUACGGCAAUGGUUUCAUCGUCCACUUCUUUGAAGUAGCUCGUAAUGACACCUGCCCUGAGCUCCCAGAGAUCUCCAAUGGCUGGAAGAGUACAUCUCACCCGGAGCUAGUUCAAGGAACCGUGGUGACCUACCAGUGUUAUCCGGGUUAUCAGGUGGUUGGCGCCGAGCUGCUCAUGUGCCAAUGGGACCUCACCUGGAGUGGCGACCUGCCGAGCUGUGAGAGAGUGGUUUCUUGCUCUGAUCCUGGAAAGGUGGAGCACAGUAGACGGGUGCUCUCGGGUCCACGUUUCACCGCUGGUUCGACCAUCCAGUACAUCUGCAACAAGGGCUUCGUUCUGUCUGGAAACAGCCUGCUCACAUGCUACAACCGCGGCUCCUUAGGCCCCAGGUGGAACCAGAAGCUGCCAACGUGCCUACCUGAGACCUUCGAGCCCUGCAGUCACCCAGGGACCCCCACCUAUGGGAUCCCCAGCUCGAGCAAGCUCCACUUCGAGGCUGGAGAGACCCUGCACUACUCCUGCUUGACUGACCAUCAGCUCCUGGGUGAACCUGUUCUUCAGUGUGUCCCUGGACACCCAUCACAGUGGAGUGGGCUGCCACCUGUCUGCAAAGCCCACCCGGCAGAGUAUGAUGAGCACAGAUUAGACGUGUCUACUGCAGACCUGAGGAUGGAAGGAGCUCAAGUAGCAAUUGCUGUCUUCAUCCCCGUCACCCUCCUUGUCAUUCUCCUCACUGGGAUCUACCUCUACUUCUCAAGGCUCCAUAAGAAACCGCAACGGCUCUCCCUGUCCCUGUCCUCCAACUUACCGUAUAAAAACAUUGCCGGGGAAUCUGCAUAUGACAACUCUGUUUAUGAGACAACGAACAAUGAGGAAACGAGAGAAUAUGAGGUUUCGAUCUGAGUGCGUGAUUCAGGAUGGACGGAUGAGAAGCCUCCUGGCCUUUUCGUCAUCACCCAGACUCACUCCUCCCUUGAUCCCUCCGACCCCGUUAUAUCAGCCUCCCUUUUAUUUACCCAACAGAGGACACCACAGCAGAAAAAGCAGCGCCACUGGAUUAUUUUUCUAGCUCUUCAACUGUAACGGUCCGGCAGCAGCAGCAGCAGCAAUUUGUACAGUUUUUAAUCCUGGACUCGCUUCCUGAGGACUUUCAGUGUAGAGUACCAUUUCAGAAAGCAGAGGGAAUCAGUGCGAAGCUACUGUCAUUAUAUAACACGCACACAUUAGGUUAUUUCAUGUACAUUAUACACUAUAUGUCCUCUCCAUUGACUCUGAUCGGAAAUGUAAUAAAAGGGCAGUGCCCGUUUCCAAGAUAUUUGGCUUUACCCAUAAUUAUAAUUAAAAUGUGUUCAAAUUUGAUUAGAGCCAGGCUUGCUGGAUCCUCCUGCUCCUUCCAGUGUUUAUUGCUAAGCAAAACCCAGCCUUUCUCCAGUGCCGUAUUUUAUAGCAUACAGACACAAAAUUGUUUUUUCCAUCUGACUCAGAAGGAAAUCUGACUCAUUUAAGCAUUUUAAAUACUAGUAUUAACAUAUAUAAACUAAUAUAUUACAUUGCUAAACUCCAUAAACAACAUCCAGUCGCAGUGGGGAUCGUCAAAGUUUGAACUACUAUCUUUUUCCUCGUGUGAAACGUGGAGGGUUUAAGACAUGGAGGUUUUGCUUUCAAUUUGGUUCAUCGCCAUCUGUUCUGUCUUACAAAUUACUUUUGAACACAUUUAGCGACAGCUCAUGCAGAAACUUUCUCUGAAUAUAAAGAAAACGCACACUGGGAUGAGCCGUUGCUCCUAUUGCCGUCCCUGUUUGGAGAUAGUGUCUAAAGUUCCACUGUUCAAACAUACAGUAUAUAAUGUCAGACGAUAAUAUGUAUCCAUGACGAUAAUGAAUAUAACCUAUUUUUGAUUCGUUGUACAGUAUGGAUUAAGAGGUUUCACAGGCAUCUUCAAUAAAGGUUAUUGUUCAGAAAAAACAAGGACUGCUUUGACAAUGUGUCUGGCGAGUGGGUGGUUUGUGUGCUUCAAUAAAACUCUGUAAACCAUA